ACUUCAAUUCCGUUCUUUUCUGUUCAGCUUUUAAUUAUUAAAUUUUGCACUUUUCUCAAUUCACUUCACUUCACUUCAAUUCUCAAUUCGAUUCGAUUCGGUUCAAUUCAAUUUAACAAAAUGGCAUCUUACUACACGGAGCUCGGUAUUAAAGACAAGGAUGACAGUUCCUAUGAUACAUCCACUCGCCGUCCGCGCAACCAGUGGGUCAGCAGCGCUGUUGACGACUUUAUGUCUAUUGGCAACUCCAACCGCCAGACGCCUGUGAACGCACAGGCCUCGCCCGAAAGCUAUCUCAGCGUCGCGCGGCUCUUUGGCGAGUUUAUAGAUGGAAACCAGCAAUCGGAGCACCAGCGGUUCCUGGAAAACCUUGUCAUGCAGCUUCACGAUGAAGCCAACACUGGUCCUGUGGGUCCGCCGCCAGCUUCACUCAACUUUAUCCGCGCCCUGCCUACCAUGCCCAAGGACGAGUGCAAAAACGUCACAUGUACCAUUUGCAACGAAGAGGCUUUUGCGUCAUCGUCAUCGUCAUCGUCAUCAUCCCUGCAAGCUAAUUCUGAGGACGACGCGGUCACCAGGCUGCCAUGCAAACACUAUUACCACCAUGCUUGUGUCAAGCCGUGGCUGGAGCUUCAUAACACCUGUCCCAUGUGCCGCUAUGAGGUGCCGUCGGACGACCCCCAGUGGCUGGAGAAGAAGCGCGAGGAGGACCGGCAAAGCGCCGCCGAAUUCAAGGAAAUGAUGAUGUACGGCUGAUCAAUUAAUACUAUAUUAUACUAAAUUAAAUUAAAUAAUAAUUGAAACCAAUUCACUUUUGUAUGUUUUGGUAAACGAC